AUCAUUAGUAAACAAAUAGAGCGAUUCUAAUUCAACUGGGUUAAAUUUGAGAUUCUAUUUAUCAAUCAACAAUGUUCUUCUUUUAAUGAAUAAUGUGGAUCGAUUGGAACCCCCAUCGAGAGAGUGGUCGCAAAUAUUAUUCACCAGUAAUCUUAUCGCUCGGAACGCCAUCCGAACCGGGAACGAAUCGAACUCACGCUCAAUAAAACAGUCCUGCGAUACAAAGCACAUCAGUUGUUUUUCGGCAGCGAAUUGGUACCGAAGUGAAAUCGCACAUUCGUUCAGCUACUCUUUAAACUUUCACUCAAACCAAAUCGGAGGAGACGGGAUGGAUUUUAACAUUUCCACCGGUGGAUAUGUGCAACAAAAAUGGGACGCCUUCCUGGACGUUGUCGGUGAUGACCCGGUAUCCCUGUAUUCUUGGGGUCUUCUCGUUUACACGUAUGCUCAUUUCUGGUUUGUUGGUUCCCUGUUCAUAAUCAUGGACAUCACCGGUAGGCCAAAGUUCCUCCGCAAGUACAAAACUCAGCCCGGUGCUAACGAUCCGAUCACGUGGCAUGAUUUGAAAAAGAUAGAUCAAACUGUUUUAUUCAACCAAUUCGUGAUCGGUGUACCUGUAACCUACAUGGGCGUCCACAGUUUUAUCAAUCGCGGAGUUCCAGAUGUUCAUAUUCUCCCGUCAAUAACCACAGUGGUUCGUGAUCUGGCCAUCUGUAUACUUUUGUGGGAGAUUGGGUUCUACUACAGUCAUCGACUGCUGCACCAUAGAUUAUUAUACAAAAUAAUCCACAAAAAGCAUCAUGAGUUCACGUCACCCGUAUCCUGGGCCGCAAUGUAUGCCCAUCCGAUCGAACAUGUCCUCAGCAACAUGGUCCCACCUAUGCUGGGCUUAGUAGUGACCAAUUGCCACAUUCUGACUGCGGCGCUAUGGUUCAAUUACGUUAUACAGGAUACUAUCACCGCACAUUCCGGCUAUCAUCUACCGAUUUUGAUGAGCUCGGAAGCACAUGAUUACCAUCAUCUGAAAUUCAAUCAAUGCUACGGUACGUUCGGGUUUCUGGACUGGCUUCACGGAACCGAUGCUCAGUUCCGACAGUCCAAACAGCAUCAGAGAGAUCGACGCUUGUGGUGUUCUAAGUCAGCGCGAGAGAUCGUUCCGGACAAAGAAUGAUCGGAAAUAAUAAUAGGUUUACCAACGAUUGUUAGUUAAAUGUAUUUUGAAUCAAAAUGCUAUUUAAAUAAAAUAAUGGAUUUUAAUCUUUUCAUGAAAAUAAAGUGUUCAUUUGAUCACAUAGGUGAACUUAUAUGAUGACCUAUAACCGAUGUGUAUUUGUAAAAUAGUCUAGUUUAAACUUUUAAGAAUCUUAUAAUCGUUGAAUGCCUUAGUCUCAAAAUCGGGGUUCUACUGUAUUUACAACCAAAAGAAAGUACUCGGUCACGAUGAUACACGAUGAAUAGCUGUGAUUUGUGCUUUGCCACUCUUGGGAAGGUAAUAAUUGUCCCUUCCUGCUACUUUAGUCCCUGAUUUCGAUGCUUAUGCUUGAAGAGAAAUUUUUUGCUACCAAUCAAAUAUUUCGUUUAUGUUUAUUUUUCUUAACAUUUACAAUUUUAUCAUGUGCGACUCUUCGGGAAUUGCUACCAGGUACGUGGCACCAUUGAAGAAAAGCUAACAUCAUGACAAUUUUUGAUACAAGAAAAACCUUGUCAUUUGAAUGCACAAUGCAAUGCAUUGAAGUAUAUUUUGAAGAAUUAAAAGCAGGGGAAUGGAUUCCAAGAUUCUGAAAACAUAAAAACUUACUCAGAAGGGGUAUAUUUUCUUUGGCAAAUUUAUUGCACUAAGAUAAUACUACAUAACACGAUUGAUAAACCGAAACAACAAGUUCAAAUCAAAUAUUGCCAUAUUGCCGAUUUAUGGCAUAAGAAAAAAUAUUUAUCUUUUAAGUAUCAAUUCACAGUUGGGUAAAUUCCAACGAAAAAUUAUCGAAUAAAUAAGAGCUAUUUUUCAACAAACCUUAUCGUCUGAAAAACAAAAAAAAGCGCAUUUUUCCAAAAGAAAACCAAUCUUUCUUAGCCUAGAGUUUCUUCUUUUAAAUAUAAAAAAAAGUUCAAGGAAACAUUAAGAGUCGUUCUAUAUUUCAACGAACUCUAUCGUCGGGAAAGACAAACAAACUCUAAAAAAUAGAAUCAUUCCUUCAAUUGCUGGCCUGAAUAUUUUGACGUAGGAUUACGUCUUUCAGGAACAUGUUGAGGGUAUAAAUCGAAAUGAUAAAAAUCGGUCAAAUCACGGAAAAAAUAGUCCAUCUUUAUGCGUUUAUUGCCCAGUAGUUUUUUUUUUGAUACGAUCGUGUGUUCAAUCCCAGGACCGACCAUUGAUUGGUUGGCCUUUUUUAAGACUAGGGACGAAUGUACUUCGUAGUUUCAAGCCUCUAUAAUAGAAAAAAUCAAUCAAUCAGCUUCGGUUUGGCAGUCUCCGUAAUCAUAAC